UCGCGCGUGCGGGGCCGCACAGGUUCAUUUCGCGCGCGCGCCAUCGGCUAAUUGGGGGAUUAGCAGCAGGACUCUCGAUGAAUUGCGUUCGAAUCCAAUUGCGCCGUUCGUGACGCCCGGUGGUGAUGGCUGAUGCAGUGCUCGCGCCCGGAUGGAGAGGCAGGAAGGGGAUGACGCCGCGGCGGCGGCCGGGGCGGGGGCGGAGGAGGAGGAGGUGGUGCAGAUCGGCGCGCAGAAGCACGACCCGGCGUGGAAGCACUGCCUCAUGGUGCGCGCCGAGGGCCGGGUGCGCCUCAAGUGCGCCUACUGCGGCAAGCACUUCCUCGGCGGCGGCAUCCACCGCUUCAAGGAGCACCUGGCCCGCCGCCCCGGGAACGCCUGCUGCUGCCCCAAGGUGCCCCGCGACGUCCAGGACACCAUGAUGCGCAGCCUCGACGCUGUCGCCGCCAAGAAGAUGCAGCGCAAGCUAGCCAACGCACUCCCGCCCGGCGACAUGAGGCGAUUCGCCCCCACCGACGCGUCGCCCGCCUCCGCCGCGAGCGGUGGGGCCACCGACAGCCCCAUCCACAUGAUCCCGCUCAACGAGGUGCUGGACUUCGAACCCGUGCCGCUCGACGAACAGAGGCCUCCGCUUCCGGAGACCAUGAGGGGGAGUGUCAGCAGUAAGAAGAAGAGGAAGAUGUUGAGUAACGCCUCCACUCCACCACUUACUCCCCCGACUCUGCAGCAGCAUGUUCCGUCUACUCCUCAGACCAAUCCUCUUCAUCAGGUUGUGAUGGCAGUCGACGCAGUUACACCAUCAUCAGGACAUUUCGGACAUGCUGGUUUGGACAAGGAGCAGGUUUCUGUGGCAGUUGGGAGGUUCUUGUAUGAUGUUGGUGUGCCAUUGGAAGCAGUGAAUUCAGUCUACUUCCAGCCCAUGCUUGAGGCUAUUGCAUCGGCAGGAGGGAGGCCGGAGGCGCUCUCAUACCAUGACUUUCGUGGUCACAUUCUUAAGAAGUCACUGGAUGAUGCGACGUCUCGGUUGGAGUUCUUCAAGGGGUCAUGGACAAGGACUGGCUGCUCGGUGUUGGCUGAUGAGUGGAUCACUGAUAAAGGCAGAACCUUGAUAAACUUUUCAGUGUAUUGCCCAGAAGGCACUAUGUUCCUCAAAUCGGUGGAUGCAACCAGCAUUGUCGCAUCUUCAGAUGCACUGUAUGAGUUACUGAAAAGUGUUGUCGAGGAAGUUGGCGAGAAAAAAGUUGUCCAAGUAAUCACAAACAACUCUGAGAUCCAUGCAGCUGCAGGAAAAAAGCUAGGUGAAACAUUUCCAACAUUGUUCUGGUCUCCAUGCUCUUUCCAGUGCAUCGAUGGCAUGCUUGAAGAUUUCAGUAAGGUAGGGGCAAUCAGUGAGAUAAUAAGUAAUGCAAAGGCCAUCACAGGAUUUUUCUACAACAGCGCAUUUGCAUUGAAUCUAAUGAAGAAGUAUCUGCAUGGGAAGGAUCUGCUAGUUCCUGCAGAGACUCGCGCUUCUAUGAACUUUGUCACACUGAAGAACAUGUACGGUCUGAAGGAGGCUUUGCAAGCCAUGGUCAACUCGGAUGAAUGGAUACACUUUUUGCUGCCAAAGAAAGGAGGGAUCGAAGUAAGCAAUCUUGUUAAUAGUUUGCAGUUUUGGUCCUCUUGUGCUGCUGUUGUUCACAUCACCGAGCCACUUGUGCAUCUCCUUAAGCUAGUUGGUAGUACAAAGAGGCCUGCUAUGGGGUACAUUUAUGCUGGAUUGUACCAGGCCAAAGCAGCAAUCAAGAAAGAGCUAGUGAGUAAGAACGACUACAUGGCUUAUUGGAAUAUCAUCGACUGGAGAUGGGACAACCAAACACCACGGCCACUUCAUUCAGCUGGUUUCUUCCUGAAUCCACUAUUUUUUGAUGGAAUUCGAGGUGAUGUAUCAAAUGGAAUCUUCUCAGGAAUGCUAGAUUGCAUAGAAAGGCUGGUUUCUGAUGUGAAAAUCCAAGAUAAAAUCCAGCGAGAGCUCAACAUGUACCGGAGUGAGACAGCAGGGGAUUUUCGUAGGCAGAUGGCUAUCCGAUCCAGACGAACUUUACCUCCUGCUGAAUGGUGGUAUACAUAUGGAGGAGCUUGCCCAAAUUUAACACGUCUAGCGGUCCGUAUUCUUAGUCAAACCUGCAGCGCUAGAGGAUGUGAUCGGGCGCACAUUCCUUUUGAGCAAGUUCAUGAUGAAAGAUUGAAUAGUUUUGAGCGUCAGCGAAUGCAUGAUCUCACCUUUGUACAAUACAACCUACGGCUGCAGCAAAGACAACAGCGCAAGGUGAAAGCAUUUGAUCCUGUCUCAGUGGACUACGUAGACAUAGUUGAUGACUGGGUUGUGGAUACACCUGCACUGUUCUCUGGCCCAGUUGAGCAACCAAACUGGAUGGAGAUUAAUCAAUCAGUCAGCCGAAUCGCACCAAGGGAACCAAAUGAAGAUGAAUUUGAAUCCUUCAUUGAAGGAGUUGAUGAUGAAAUGAUCCAAGGUGCUGCACAGGGCAUCCAGGAAGAUGAUGAUGAUUCUGCUUGUGGCUGAGGCUAUAGACGAAUGAACUAGUCAGCUAACCUGUAAGCUAAUGUUAUAUGGAUAGAAGCUGGCAUUGCCUGUCGUAAUUUUCCAAUUAGGACCUUCUUCAUGUCACUUGUACGUGCUGUCUAUUUCGGUUGUUCAGAUAUUUUAGAUUUCAGAUACCUUCCCGUAUCUUUCCCAAGUCCACUGACCACUGUUCUAAACUCAAUACUUCUAUUAUAAAGUUUAUGGUUCACAUGCCACAA